AUGAUGGAUUUUGAUGAGCGUGGUCCCUGCUCCUCUAACAUGUAUUUGCCAAACUGUACUUACUACGUCUCGGGUCCAGAUUUCUCCAGCCUCCCUUCUUUUCUACCCCAGACCCCGUCUUCGCGCCCAAUGACAUAUUCCUACUCCUCCAACCUGCCCCAGGUCCAACCCGUGCGCGAAGUGACCUUCCGGGAGUACGCCAUUGAGCCCGCCACUAAAUGGCACCCCCGCGGCAAUCUGGCCCACUGCUACUCCGCCGAGGAGCUCGUGCACAGAGACUGCCUGCAGGCGCCCAGCGCGGCCGGCGUGCCCGGCGACGUGCUGGCCAAGAGCUCGGCCAACGUCUACCACCACCCCACCCCCGCCGUCUCGUCCAAUUUCUAUAGCACGGUGGGCAGGAACGGCGUCCUGCCGCAGGCCUUCGACCAGUUUUUCGAGACGGCCUACGGCACCCCGGAAAACCUCGCCUCCUCCUCCGACUACCCCGGGGAAAAGAGCGCCGAGAAAGGGCCCCCGGCGGCGGCGGCGACCUCCGCGGCGGCGGCGGCGGCCACGGGCGCGCCGGCAACUUCAAGUUCGGACGGCGGCGGCGGCGGCGGCGGCUGCCGGGAGGCGGCGGCGGCGGCGGAGGAGAAGGAGCGGCGGCGGCGGCCCGAGAGCAGCAGCAGCCCGGAGUCGUCCUCCGGCCACACUGAGGACAAGGCCGGCGGCCCCGGUGGCCAACGCACCCGCAAAAAGCGCUGCCCUUACACCAAGUACCAGAUCCGAGAGCUGGAGCGCGAGUUCUUCUUCAGCGUCUACAUCAACAAAGAGAAGCGGCUGCAACUGUCCCGCAUGCUCAACCUCACCGAUCGUCAAGUCAAAAUCUGGUUCCAGAACAGAAGAAUGAAGGAAAAAAAGAUUAACAGAGACCGGUUACAGUACUACUCAGCUAACCCGCUUCUCUAA